UGAAGUUGGGUUAUUCGUAUUGAAUUUAGUUUGACGUUAAAUUUAUAAAUAAUAACAAUGUGCAAAAAUUGAGGGUCGCAUGAGAACUUUCAGUUUAAAAAUAUGUCUAAACAGUGGUAUUAUGUUUUGUUCCUGCUUUGGUUCACAUUCACUGCGGUAACACAGAUUUUACUUUUCACAAAUGGGUUUUUGCUUACAAGAGUUACACUAAAAUUGAACUCGAGUUGUGAUCAACAACUAAAAUGUGAUUCAGAACCUCAAUGCGAGAAUCUCUUAAAUAAAUUGGAUGAUGCCACCACUACAUGCCUUGCACCUCGAUCAAAGGUUGUGUUACUUAUAAUUGAUGCAUUUCGAUAUGAUUUUGCAUUAUACAAUGCAUCAUUAAGUGAUCCACUGCCUUAUCAAAAUAAACUGCCAAUAAUUAGUGAAAUGAUUAACUCAGAACCACAGAAUACAAGACUUUAUCAAUUUAUUGCUGAUCCACCAACUACCACAAUGCAGAGGCUUAAAGGCUUAACCACUGGAAGUUUGCCUACUUUUGUUGAUGCAGGAUCUAAUUUUGCAACCCAUGAAAUUGAUGAAGAUAAUAUUAUUGAUCAAAUUCACAAACAUGGUUAUAAUGCUGUAUUUAUGGGUGAUGAUACUUGGGAUGGUUUAUAUCCUAAUAGAUUUAUUAGAAACUUCCCAUAUCCAUCAUUUGAUGUAUGGGAUUUGGAUACUGUUGAUAAUGGUGUAAUAAGCAAUUUAUUUGAUGAAAUCCAAAAAGAUGAUUGGCAUCUAAUAAUAGGUCAUUUUCUUGGUGUAGAUCAUUGUGGUCAUAGGUAUGGACCAUAUCAUAAUGAAAUGUCUAGAAAACUAAGUGAAAUGAAUACUGUGAUAAGAAAUGUAAUUAAUUCCUUAGAUAAGGAAAGUAUGCUGUUUGUAAUUGGAGACCAUGGUAUGACAGCUACUGGUGAUCAUGGUGGUGAAAGUGAUAACGAAAUUACCUCAACAAUGUUUGUGUAUUCAAAACAGCAAUUAACGGAUUCUAAGAAUCUUAACAAUUAUACUAUCAAGCAAGUAGAUUUUGUUCCUACAUUGAGUACAAUUUUGGGAGUCCCAAUACCUUUCUCGAAUUUGGGAGCGACUGUAUUAGAUGUACUUCCAGUUGUUAAAUCGGUAAUCCCGAAUUGGCAUAAAUCCUUAUUUGCCUUAUGGGCAAAUGCCCAACAGCUAACUGCAUACAUCAAAACAUAUGCAAACAAUACUCGCACAUUCAAUAAACAAGAUUUGGAUAAUGUGUUUGAAGAUUUUGAAAAAUUGAAAGUUAUGAUGCAGAGCGUAACUGAUGAAAUCCUGUUUGCGGGAUUUGUUAAAAAUGUUAAUGACUAUAUAAAGAAUGUUAGAAAUAUGUGCGAAAAAGUUUGGAUUCAAUUUGAUGCUUAUUCCAUGGCUCGUGGUUUAUUAUUGUUUUCACAUUCAAUUAUUUUUAUUUAUUUGUUAGUCAAUGGUCUUGGUGAUGAAAAAUUCGACCAAUGCCUAAACAAGUUUGUAAUUGGUUCUUUAUAUGGUUUAACACUGGUUGGUGCUAUCGCCAGUUUCAUCUUAUUAUAUUUCAAUAUUGUUAGUGAUUUUUACAAUACGUUCUACUUCAUUUCUGGAUUGUGUAACCUAGGUGUACUAAUAUUCCUCUGCGUACAAAACUUUCAGGAAAUCUCGUUGAGUUUAAAUGAGAGCAAUAAAACCCGAAAAUGGAACGACAUUGUGUCCAGGAUAUUGUUAACUUUCAGCGCAUUAAUGUUAUUCAGUAAUAGUUUCAUUUUGGAAGAGGCUAAGGUCAUGUUAUUCUUCUUAUGCAGUCUGAUAGUUACAUUCCUUUUAGAAUUUGGAUUUUUAAAUAUGGAUAAAGUGAAUGUCAAAAGCUCAGUGAAAAGAAAAAUUGUUAUUUUAGGUUUAGCUAUUGGAGUGUUAAUUAGAUUUUCUAUGUAUUUUUGGAAGUGCCGCGAGGAACAAGGUUGCAAAGAUUAUUUUGCUUCAAAAGUCUCAAAUGUAAACAGAAUAGAGUGGAUUCUAGCAUUUAUUUGUUUGGUCAUAUUUAUAGUUGCAACCAAAAUUUGGCUAAGAUCAUGCGGAAAUCUAAACGGGUUUUCUUCAACAGUAGUACUUGCUAGGUAUUCGCCGCCGCUUAUAAUUUUGUGCACGAUUGGUUUUUGGGUAGUCCAUAAACUACCAAGGGACACAAGAAUUAAAAUUAUUGGUCGAUGGUCACCUGAUACAAUGGCAUGGAUAGUAUAUGGUUUUACAUUCUUUGGAAUACUUAGCACUAUUAUAAAACCUUUAUGCAUUUAUCGACUGAAGCCUAAUCAAUUGGAAGUUGAUAUGCGAUCGGACAAUUUGAUACCACAACUAGCCAAGCAUGUGAUGAGUGCUCAGCCUAAGAAAGAUGAUGUGCCUUUGGUUUUUGGAUUAGCAACUGUUUACAGUGCAGCCUUUACAGUGGUUGCAGUUUACUUGAUCUUGUUGUGGUGUUUGUUGCUCGGAGAUCUUGUAAUGCCGUCUUGCAUUGCGCUCGUAUUUGUUCUAGCUUUGGUUUUGGUUAUCUCCUCCGUUCGUAGAUAUGAACAGGCUGAUUGUGUGGAAAGCCUUUUCGAAGUGCCUUCUUCGCUUAUACUUUUCUGGUUUGUUAUGUCCAUUUAUCUAUUUUACGGUACCGCACAUCAGCCCACUUUCACGAAUAUAGCCUGGGAUGCUGCUUUUGUUGGCACCGGGGGUACUUUAAAUUACAAACUAAUCCCAGCUGCAUUAGUGCUCAUAAACACUUUCGGAUCUUACCUAAUCACAGGCAUAACACUACCACUACUUAUGAUAGCUCCAUUUAGUACUCACGUAAUGUUACCCAGCUUAUUCAACAAAAAGAAAGGAGUUAACUUGGCUCGAGGUGAAUUGGUCAUUUACGAUUACGAUCAAGCGUUUCUAAGGGGAGCAUUUAAAAUGUCAUGCAAGUACAUCAUGUGCCAUGCACUCAGGGUAUUCUCCAGUAUGUUAUCGUCUACAAUUCACUGUCGUCAUUUAAUGGUUUGGAAUAUUUUUGCUCCAAAGUUAAUCUUCGAAGCAAUUGCAAUGUUCAUCACUCUAGUUUCCGUUGUGUUGGGUUACUUACUUAUAAUUCGCAUCAAUAACAAAGUCGAUCAUUUAAUUAAACAGUUGAAUAAGCAAUACAGUUAGUGAUACAUACAAUGGAAAAUAAUAGAUUGUUAUAUUUAAAUUAUACUAAUUUAUUUGAUCACUGCCAAAAAUAAAGUAUAUUAC